AUGGGUGGUCCUGGUAUAAUUGAUGGCAAAGAGCAUCCAGAAACGGAUAAUUUUCUUCCAUGUAAAUUUGUUAUCAACGGAAUAACAUAUUUAUCUGCGGAAAACUAUUUUCAAUGUGCUAAAACAACAAAUGAGCAAGAUCGAAAAAAGAUCUUAAAUUCAGGGCCAGGUAAUUCAUGUCGACUAGCUGGACAAACGAUUCAACUUCGACUAGAUUGGGAAACAGUUAAAGUUGAUGAAAUGUAUAAAGGAAACUUGGCAAAAUUUCAGCAGAAUGAAGAAUUAAGAAAAGCUCUAUUAGAAUCAGGUACGGGACCUAUUCAUUUUACACGAUCAUCGCCUUUUUGGAAUGAUUGGAAUGGUCUUAUCAUGGAAAGGAUCCGAGCAGAAUUACGUCAAAACGGUGAAGAAGACACCCGUCGUGCAGCAGAUAUUGGUCAAGCCAUGGAAAAAUAUGCACGAGAGAAUAAAUAA